AUGGCAAGAGUACAAGAGAAUAUUUUACCAUUUACUUCCGAUGAAUCUCAGUUUCCAUAUAUGCCAACGGGCGAAAGUGCACCCAGACCACCGCCUAAAACAUAUCAAGCUACUAGAGAUGAAAAGCGUCGGUUCGAUUUUCCAGGCCGCCUCGAGCAAAAGCUUGCACAAUACAAUGCAUCUGAAAGCACUUGGAAGCGUUGGUUAUUCGAAAUCAUCAGCGUCACAAUAAGCGCAGCCUGUAUGGGCGCAAUCAUUGGGUUACUAUACCGCGUGAACAACAAAUCUCUCAACACUUGGGCUCCUGCCCUGACCGUCAUUACGGUUCUUUCAAAGGUCGCAUCGGCAGCACUCAUUUUACCGAUAUCAGAAGCGAUCGGACAGCUGAAGUGGACUUGGUUCCACGGAAAAAAGUCCAGAGAUGCAUUUGAUUUUGAGAUCUUCGACAAAGCAUCACGCGGUGCAUGGGGCUCAGUCAUGCUCUUGUGCCGUACAAGGGGCAGGUCUCUUGCUGCGUUAGGUGCUCUUUUGACAAUCCUUCUAUUGGCAAUUGACACCUUUUUUCAGCAAGUGACUAAUUUGCCAGAGCGAUGGAAACUCGAGGGCGAAAGUUUUAUCCCAAGCAUUGUUCGUUACGAACCCACUGUUCAAAAUCAAUACGAGGCCAGCAUCGGCGUACCAAUGGCGGUAACGAACAACGAAUUGAGAAGGGGAAUGGUCCCGUUUUUCUACGAUCAGAACGGCACCCGUCCGCUUAUAACGGGAAAUGCUACACAAGCUGAGAUACCGCUUUUAUGCCCUACCGGUAGGUGCGAAUGGCCACCUUACGAUACCUUGGCGGUUUGCAGCGCUUGUGAAGAUAUCUCACACCUCCUUGAAUACGGUUGUCUGAUGACAAGAAUGGACUGGAUCAGGGAGGCACUUGGCCGUGAUUUGAACUAUACUGCGCCUAAAGGCGCUGCUUGCGGCUACUUUAUAAAUGCAACCAGCGAUGAGCCGGUUCUUAUGUCAGGCUUCCGAGUUUCCAACUUUACCGACCCUGUACCGGGUGAAACGCUUCUUAUGCGUUCCUUGCCAUUGGUCACCACUCUGUUCAGGGAGCCUCUCUAUGGCAGCGCAACUAUCAAUUUCGAACAUAUCCAGUAUCGUUUACUCGAUGCGUUGAUAGUGAGCUCAGCAGACGGCACUGCGGAAAGUGUCUACAAGAAAGAGCGACCUGUUGCUCAAGAGUGUAUGCUGACGUGGUGUGUCAAAACCCUCCGCUCGUCAUACCAUGACGGAGAUUACAAAGAAGAGGUACAGGAAGUGUUCAUAAAUAAUACCAAGGCAGAUUUUCCAUGGUCAAUCGAACAUAUUCCCAACUCAGAGGUAACGGAACAAAGCUUCUAUCCAAAUAUCAGCAUACGCCCUCCGUCACUACCAGAAUUCAUGCCGGCCUUUGGGGUUUCCAACGAGACUUUCUUCGAUAUCACCUUUAUCCUCGACGAGAUUUUUCCAUCCAUGAUUACAAUGGCCAAUCCAACAGCGCAGCCAUUUAUCAAGAUAUUUGCUAGCCACACGGACAAAGCUAAAUGGCGUAGCUUUCUAUUCAGUCCUUGGCUUGCGCCGAACAAUGUUGCUGCUCACCUGGAACGAAUGGCUCACUCUAUCACAAACGUGAUCAGAUCUGAUACGGAUAGCAGCGAACUUAUUCCUGGUUCCGCUUACGCACGAGAAACAUAUGUCGCAGUCCAAUGGGGCUGGCUCGCGUUCCCAUUAGCAAUGCUCAUCCUCAGCAUUGUUUUUCUAGUCUCAACAAUCAGGAAAACUUCAAGUGAUAGUUACGAAGAUCUCGGCACAUGGAAGACUUCAGCUAUGCCGGCGCUGAUGUACAGCUUGCCGAAGGAUAUACAGGAAGGAGUUGUAUCGACAACUCGCCCGAGAGUGAUGAGAGGUAAACGCGCGAGUAAGGUUCGGAUCAGGCUUCUGCCGAAACAAGGCUGGAGGGUUUCUGGUCAAAUAAUUGCGAGGCCACCGCCUCCACCUGGUUUCUUUUAA